AUGAGCGAAAUUAAUGAACCUUUAUACCUUUCUCUUGAAAAUAAUCAAAUCUCCAUGAAAAACGAUACUAAUUCUCCUGAUACAUUUGAUGGUAAUAUCGCCUGGAUUUUGACCGCGGCAUGCUUCACUUGGCUAAUGACGCCAGGCAUCGGCCUGUUCUACAGCGGCCUUGCUCGGAGAAAAAAUGCCUUGUCUUUAAUUAUGUUAUGUUUUUUAACUAUCCCAAUCGUAUCAGCUCAGUGGUUUAUUUGGGGUUAUAGUUUAGCAUUUAACAGAAAUUCUAGUCCUUACUUUGGUAAUUUACAAAAUGCUUUCUUUUCCGACCUCGAUUGGGACUCUGGUCCAACUAACGCAAGUCAAAAUAUUCCUGAAUUUUUAUUUGCAUUCUUUGAAUGCAUGUUUGCGAUUUUGGCUUCGGCCAUUAUCAUCGGUGGCGCUGCUGAGCGUAUAAGAAUAUUUCCUACCAUAAUAUUUAUCUUUCUUUGGUCUACUUUGGUUUAUGAUGCUUUGGCCUCGUGGUGUUGGUCCAUAAAUGGUUGGAUGGCAAAAAUGGGUGGUCUCGAUUAUGCGGGAGGCGUACCAGUACAUGUAGCAUCUGGUGCGGCCGCCCUUGCUUUCUGUUUGAUUGUAGGUAGACGUCGUGAAGACAGUGGUUUAGUCCCUCAUAAUAGAAUCAUUGAUGUAAUUCCUCACAACAUUAUUAAUGUAGUUAUUGGCACCAUAUUUUUAUGGUUUGGUUGGUUUGGUUUUAAUGCUGGUUCUGCUUUAGCUGCCAAUAAACGCGCUAUAAUGGCCUGCAUAGUUUCAAACCUUUCCGCUUCAUUUGGUGGUCUUACUUGGAUGUUGUUGGAUUAUUGGCGCAAUGGAUACUUCUAUGCUGUUAGCUUUUGUAGUGGUGCUAUUUCAGGAUUGGUCGCUAUAACUUCUGGUGCUGGUUAUGUUUCUCCUCUUUCUGCCAUAAUUUUUGGUAUAAGUGGUGGUUUAAUUUGUAAUUUGGCUGGUAGACUUAAAUCUCCUCUUAAAUUUGAUGAUUCUAUGGAUGUAUUUGCCAUCCAUUGUGUCGGUGGUUUUGUUGGAAAUGUUUUGACUGGUGUCUUUGCCGAUAAGACUAUAGCGGCUCGUAGCGGCGAAGUCAUACUUGGUGGUGCUAUAAAUGGGAAUUAUGAUCAAAUUUUGAUACAAUUAUUAAUAUCUUUUGUGGGAAUGAUAUAUUCUUUUAUUGCUACAAUCAUUAUUCUAUUUAUUAUUGGAACAUUUUUACGUUGUACCUUAAGGCUAAACACAGAUGGAGAAUUGGAUGGUGCUGACAUUACUGAACACGGUGAAGCCGCUUAUUGUUUUGCUGAUGCUAACGAAUAA